AUGGCUGACCAAACCCCAAACCAAUCCACUUUGCCUUCCACCACUGAUCAAGUAGCCAUGCGAGAGGCAACAUUUCUGGCUGCCGAUCGCAGUGAAAGGAAGAGACGUGAUGAUACGGAGGUGUUUGGCAACAUCGUAAGUACCUUGGAGCAAGAAGGUGGACUGCCCGAGGCAGGGGUUGUAAACCAACCACUACCUACGGAGGAAGAGGCAGCGGUAGUGGUGGAUGAAGCAGUGAAGGAUGGAGUAGGGGUGGUGGAAGAAGUGGUGGUUGAAGAAGAGGAAAUGAAGAAUGCUGUUUUGCCAGAAGAGGCUGAGAAGGAAGAUAAGAAGAAGAAGAAGGGAAAGAAGGCUGGAGAGGCGGAGUCUUUCACAUCAUCGCAAGGCAAGAAAGAGCAAAAGGAUGAUGAUGAAGAUGGAGAGGCCAAGAAGGAGAAGAAGAAGAAGGAGAAAGAGGAGAGAAGAUUGGGCCGACGUGAGAAGAGGCGUCUGAGAGAAGAAGAAAAAGCAAGGCAGAGGGCUGCGAGCCCUGAAAAGGAUAGAGAAUCAACCUUCGUAUGGGAGGAUAAGGGGAAACAGCAUAGUUGA